AGUAUUCUGAUCCAGUAGUCGAGAUGAAGCUGCGCAAUCCUAUGCUCGCUGAGUUCAGCCCCACGGAUGCACUGGUUUCUUUUCGCACCCAAUUCAAAGCCUACAUCAAGGGCGAGGACCCAUUCAAUCGGAAGAUGAGAACGAACGAAAGUGCUCUCGGCUGGUGGAAAGCAUUGCAAAAGGACGAGUUAGCUAAUGUUCUUGCGGUAAGUCUGUGAGGCUCCCGCAUCCAAGACAAGUGACUAAGUAUCUUGACAGGCUCUCGCAAUCAAGGCUUUUUCAGUGUCUCCGACAUCCAUGCCAGAUGAACGCACCAUGUCGACGAUUACUUGGCUCAACUCUCCUCAACGAAGUAGGCAGGAAAUUGGUACUCUUCAAGAUCAUAUCAAAAUCCGACAAUGGCAUCGUUUCGAUUAUAAUAAAUUGAAAACACCGUACAAACCUCUCGUCAAGUGGCGUGAUAUGGAAUCCACUAUCCUUGGCAAGCGUCCUGCCGAAGAUUUGCCUCCCGCUGGUCGAAUGCCUCCUCUACCUGAAGCGAGAACAGUGGUCUCGGACUUGGACUCGGAAGAUGAGUUUGACGAUGGCGCAGAUUGGUUGGAUGGUCCAGCUGCUCCUUCACAGUUUAAGACAGCGGAAAAAGACUCGUUUGUGCUUGCAGCAUCCAGUGGUAUCGAUUUACGCGCACCCUACCUGCGUGAACUGCUCGAUUCAAUCGGAAAACAACCUGCGCACCCGGGUUCCGGACCAACAAAGAAGGCUGGCCGCUAAAAACCUGUCCUCGUCUGUCCCCGACCCUCCUGCUUGGGACGAGUGGAAAUAAUUCACCUAAUUCACCCUAAUUCACAGUACAUUUGGCCUAAUUCACCUGUAAAUUAGCGUUGAUUUACAAACCUGUUAAUUUACUGUAAUUCACGUUGGUGAAUCUGAAGCCUCUGGGCGC